UCUUGCUACUUGUCAAAACAAAAUUGAUUACAAUUAAAAUGACAGGAUGCGAAAAUAAAACAGCGUAGUGAAAUGUCAAAUUCUGUAAUGAUUCAAGCAAAAGUAGUGUUUUAUUUUCCUCCUCGUAAAUAAUCGAAAUAUUUGUAACAUAAACUUAUAAUAGAUGAAACCGUGGCGAAAACUUCUCAAUUCUUCCUCGAACACAGACACGGUAAGCAACGUAACCUCAAAGGUAAAGAUAAACAAGAUGGCGAAGUUGUUCACAUGUGGAAAACGGUCAAAAACCAAUAAACCACCUCCCAAUGAUAAAGAAGUUUUAAAAUCAAUGGGUUAUUCCUGUGGUAAAACAAUUGGUGAAGGCACCUAUAGCAAAGUAUGUGUGGCUGCUCUUAACGGAAAAGUCAAUACGAUCCAUGAACGAGUUGCUUGUAAAAUAAUUCAGAAAGAGUUAGCCGGAACUGAAUUUAUAGAAAAGUUCUUGCCAAGAGAGCUGAGUAUCAUCCGCCAUUUGCAUCACAAGCAUAUUAUUAGUGUUCAUGAUGUCAUUGAAGCAAACGAAUCGAUUUACAUUAUCAUGGAUUAUUGUAAAUGUGGGGAUUUAUUAGAAUACGUCCGAGAAAAAGGGGCUUUGGAUGAGGAUGUCUCAAAAGUUUUCUUUGAGCAAAUUGUGAAUGCUAUAAGUUACCUUCACACUCUGGACAUUGCACAUCGUGAUCUCAAAUGCGAAAAUGUUUUACUAUCAUCGCCACAGCAUAUAAAAUUAGCAGAUUUUGGUUUUGCUCGGUUUUGUAUUGAUGAACACGGCAAUUCUUUACUAUCGGAAACGUAUUGUGGUUCAGCUGCUUAUGCCGCCCCUGAAAUAAUCCAAGGAAUACCAUACGAUCCAAAAAUGUACGACAUCUGGGCAUUGGGUUGCAUACUCUACGUCAUGAUCUCAGCGACAAUGCCAUUUGACGACUCAAAUGUAAAAAAAAUGCUGCGCAAUCAACUUAAUCGGUCACUGUGUGUCUCUGCACAAAAGGCAUGGAGUUCUCAUUGUGUCCAUUUACAGAAUCUCAUUGCGUACCUGUUGGAACCCGACGUGAAACGGCGCGCCACCAUCCGGCAAGUAGGCAACUGUGUGUGGUUAAACAUGACGCGCAACGAAAAUCAAAAUUACCCGAGCACGUCGAAGUGUUACAAGAAAUACGAUGGGAAUUUAAACGGCAACUUCAGACAACUAUCAAAGUCUAGUUUGUUUUAGUCGUAAUAUUUUAUUCACUUGUUUAAAAAUUAAAAGUUGAAAAAUU